AUUUCUUCAUAUAUGAAUAACAAGAUUGUUACAAGAUUAGUAUGCAUACUUUAAUUUUUGCAAAGAAAAUAUGGCUGUAAGUAAAACCCUCAGUGUUGUGAUGAUCCCAUUUUCAGCCUUUGGCCACCUUAUACCCUUCUUUCAACUUUCUAUUGCUCUAGCCAACGCUGGUGUUCGUGUUUUCUUCAUUUCCACCCCAAGGAAUAUCCAAAGACUCCCUCAAGUCCCUCCCAAACUAUCAUCUCUUUUACAAUUUGUGAAGUUUCCGCUGCCAGAAGUAGGCAAUGAGCUCCUCCCGAAGGGUGCUGAGGCCACUGUGGAUGUUCCCAUUGAGAAAAUCCCGUGCUUGGUGAAUGCAUAUGAUCUGCUACAGCACCCUAUCAAGAAAUUCGUUGCUGACCAAUCCCCUGACUACAUUUUGAUUGAUUUUGCCACUGAUUGGGCUGUGGAUAUAGCCGCAGAAUGUCACGUCCCGCUCUUGUACUUCUCAGUAUACUCAUCUGCCGCAAGUGUGUUCUUUGGACCACCAGAGUAUAUGGACGGUCAAGAUGAACAAAUGCGGCCGUUGCCAGAAAGUCUCACGAGACCAUCACAAUGGCUAGAUUUUCCAUCUUUGGUGGCCUACCGUGAGUUCGAAGCAAUUGCAGCCUACAAUACUCUUUGCUGUGGCUGUUUUCCAAGGUUUGCGAAGGUUCUCAAUGCAUGUCAAGCAGUGGCCAUACGUAGCUGCAUGGAGUUUGAAGGAAACUUUUUGAUUGCACAACAGAAAAUGAUGAUGGGAUCAAAGCCAGUGAUUCCAAUAGGUUUGCUACCACCGGCACAGGAGAAAACCGAAGCCGUUGAUGAAUCCUGGGGUAAGAUUUUCCAAUGGCUUGAUGAACAGAAAUCCAAGACUGUUGUGUUUAUCUGUUUUGGCAGUGAAUGCAGGCUAACUAGAGAACAAGUCCAUGAGAUAGCUUACGGGAUAGAGGUAUCUAGGUUGCCAUUUUUGUGGGCACUAAGGAAACCUCACUGGGCUCCUCCUGGUGAUGAUGAAGAUUUCAAUGUUGCUUUGCCUCAGGGAUUCACUAAAAGGACAUCCAAACAUAGCCUUGUUUACAUGGGAUGGGCACCACAAGUGGAAAUUCUCAAACACCCAUCAAUUGGGGUUUGUUCUGUUUCACUCAGGAUGGGGUUCACUGAUUGAAUCCCUGCAGUUUGGGCACUGUCUGGUUCUCCUUCCUUUUAUUCAUGACCAAGCCUUGAAUGCAUGGUUGCUUGUGGAAAAAGGCUUGGCCCUCGAAAUCGAAAGAAGCAGCGAUGGAUCGUUAGUAGACAAAAUAUUUCUGAUUCUCUUCAGAAGGCUAUGUCAUCAGAAGAAGGGAGGCAGUUAAGGGACAAAGCCAAAGAAGUUUCAUCAAUCUUCUGUGACCAGAAGCUCCACCAAGACCGUUACAUUGAUGAGUUUGUAAAAUAUCUUAAAAAUGAAAUUAUCAAAAGAGA